AUGUCCUUACUUAUCCCUGGACCUAAGGCACCUGGAAAUGAAAUUGAUGUGUAUCUGCAACCAUUGGUGGAUGAUUUGCAAGAAUUAUGGAAUGAAGGCAUUCUUACAUAUGACUCAUCGACGCAGGAGAACUUUAAGUUGCAUGCAGCAUUAUUAUGGACUAUAAAUGAUUUUCUUGCAUAUGGAAACUUGUUUGGGUGGUCGACUGAGGGACACCUGGCGUGUUCAGUAUGUAACAAGGAUACGGCAUCCAAAAGGUUGAAGUUUGGAGGUAAGUCAUGCUACAUGGCUCAUCGUCGGUUCUUACAUCAGGGGCAUAUAUGGCGCACAAAAAAAUCUCUCUUUGACGGUACUGAGGAGCAUAGAAUGGCACCUAAUGAAUUAUCUGGAGAUCAAUUGUUACAACAACUAGAGAAUGUACCAAAUUUGCCGUUUGGAAAAGAUGAGACCAAAAAAAAGAAGAGAACGCGUGAAGAGUGUGAGUUGAAUUGGACGAAGAAGAGUAUUUUUUUUAAUUUGCCUUAUUGGUCAACAUUGAAACUGAGACACAAUUUGGAUGUCAUGCAUAUUGAGAAGAACAUAUGUGAUAGUCUCUUAGGUACACUGCUGAAUAUUAAAGGAAAAACAAAGGACACUUUGAAGGCACGACAAGAUUUGUGUGUGAUGGGAAUACGCAAAGAUUUGCACUUACUACAAAAUGGUACAUUUACAUCAAUGCCACAUGCAAAUUACACUUUGUCAAAAGCUGAGAAGACAACUUUCUUAGAUUGGUUGAAAGGUGUAAAGUUCCCUGAUGGGUAUGCAUCUAAUAUUAGUCGGUGUGUGAAUGUCAAAGAAGGUACGAUUUCGGGAAUGAAAAGCCAUGAUUGUCAUGUCUUCUUACAACGCUUACUUCCUGUUGCAAUUCGUCCAUAUUUAUCAACUGAAAUACGUACAACAGUGACUGAGUUUAGUUCAUUUUUUACGGAAUUAUGUGCACGAACAUUAAGAUUAGAUGUCGUGAGUCGAAUGAAGGAUGACAUUCCUGUGAUUUUAUGCAAGUUGAAAAAGAUAUUUCCACCGGCUUUUUUUGAUAUAAUGGUACAUCUAGCUGUACAUUUACCACGAGAAGUUGAGCUUGUGGGACCAGUACAAUAUCGUUGGAUGUAUCCAAUGGAAAGAACGCUUGGUAAAUGUAAGAAAUUUGUGCGAAAUAGAGCACAUCCGGAAGGGUCCAUUGCCGAGGGAUAUUUAUCAUUUGAAUAUUUGACAUUUUGCUCAAUGUAUCUCAAUGGGAUUGAGACAAAAUGGAAUCGUGAAGAACGGAAUAGUGAUGUGCGGCAGGUGGGAAGGAGUAAAGGCUUGUCUGUGUUCUCUCAACGAGUUCGUCCUUUAGGAGCAGUAAAAUUUAUAACACUUGAAGAUAAGGUUCUCACAAGGGCUCGAUAUGAACACUAUGACAAGAUUGAAGGAGAAGGCACUGUGGACAUCCAACAUAAGCAUGAAGCCGACUUUGAAACAUGGUUUCGGCAUCGUAUAUGUGGGCCUAAUGCAGAAAAUUUGUCCAAACAGUUAUAUGAUCUUGCAUCCGGAUCGGAUCAUCAAGUUGUAAUGUACAAAAGUUGUAUUGUGAAUGGGGUUAGAUUCCAUAUAAAAGACUAUGAACGAACUCUACGUACCCAAAACAGUGGUAUAGUUGUUCAAGGUGAGCAUAACAUGAAGGAUAUUGAAUUCUAUGGUGAGUUGAAGAACAUUUUGGUGUUACGUUAUGGUCGAAAUCGCGUGUAUCUAUUUGAAUGCGAUUGGUGGGAUGUUGGGCAUAAAACGGGAAUACAAACAGAUGAGCACUUUACAAGUGUGAAUACAUCUUGUACAUGGUAUGCAUCUGACCCAUUUAUCCUAGCAUGCCAAGCUUCACAAGUAUUCUACUUGAAAGAUCCCAAAUUGGGUGGUAAUUGGCAAGUAGUGCAAAAAGUGAGCAAUAGAAACAUAUACAAUGUUCCAACUAUUUUAGAGGGAGAGAUUGAAGAAGAUGAUGAAGGCAUUGGUGAUGAGGAAGAAGAUGAUGAAUUGGUUGAGGGUAAUGCACCUGUGCAACAAGGAAACAAUGUAGACUCAACUCCGUUACGUAGAGAUGAUGUGGAACCAAUAGCUAUUGAUGAAGUAUAUGUGCACUUUGAUGAAAGCAUGUUCCUCAAUGAUGACUUCUCUAAUGAGGGGCACGAAACAAGCUCUGAUGACGAACAAGACCUUGAUGAUGAAAGCAUGUUCCUCAAUGAUGACUCCGCUCAUGAAGAGGAGUUAUCUUGCAACUCUGAUACAAACUCUGAUGAUGAUAUGUGUUGA